UGGAAACCUAACCUAAUCUGACCUAAUCUAAUCUCUCACAACUCGUAGUAUAUAACUUGUAAUUAUUCAAAAUACAUGUGACUUCGGUUGAUUUGGAUGUUGUGUCUCACGAAUAAGUGAGUAUAACAUUGAGAAGAAAUUAAACAGUCACGUACGUGAAAUCAAUCGCCAGUGGAGAAAACUGUAGAAGUACGAAUAGAGCGUGCUGACUGGCUUGUGAUUGUUGAUUGCGAGGUUAAUCACAAGUUAAUCUCUUUUACAAUGCCCAUAAAAUUAAUCGGUCGCACGACAGACUUUAAGGGGAAACCCUUGUGGGAGAUUCUGGCGAAUUUGAAAAAUUUCGGCGUGGGGAGGAUUGUGGUAAGAAAUCGUUUUCAGAGGUAUCCUGAGCCCUGUUACAUGAAAAUACUGAAAGUCGCCGCAAUGCCUUCGAGUGAUAAACCUUAUAGUGAUCGCAAAGUUGUAGUGUUGGUCGAAAGAGUUUUUCGCGGCCUGAAAAACCCAUAUCCAUCGCAACUGUAUGGUGCAACGUAUAAGGCAGAUUAUAUGUUAAUACCUAAAGAUCAGGAGCAUCUGUAUCUCCAAUCAACUGUACCGCCUCCUGAAAAGAAAAUUCUGCCUAAGACAGGGGAAUUUCCACCUCUGUAUUUACAAUUGUUAUUACGACAAAUGAAAGUGAAGGAUAUUCCAGAACAGGAGCAGCCGAAAUUACCUAUCAAGUACAACAUUACGAAUAUGGACAUAAAGAACUAUAAAAUAGCCGAAGAGGGUGAAACUCCAACAAUGAAAUACGAAUAUUGCAUAAGAACAUCUAGCUUCUUUUAUCCAAAGGCAAAAGCGACCGAUUCUUCGUGAAAAAUUAUGUAUUUGAAGUAUAUAAUUGUUAAAAAUAAAAACUAAUAGUCUUUUAAAUUAUUCCUUACGAGUGAUAAGACAAAAAUAUUUUAGGAAAAUAAAAAGGAUAAUAGUUAGACCAGCUUUUUAUAGUCUGUUUUAUUGAAUGGUUUUUUGUAGAUAGGCAUAUUUAUUUAGCGUGAUCGUUUUUGUAAUAUAAAAUUAAAACAGUAUGCACUAAAUGUAUGUAUUAAAAUUGUUCCAAAACUGA